GGUGCUUGGGAAUGGGUUGGUUUGAAUUUGGUUGAAUUUAGAGAAAGGGUUGAUUUUUAAAGGAGGCGAUAAGAUGACAAGCGGCGUCGAGUUAAGGGAGUUGAUCGAGCUACGCGGUUGUUUCCAUCGCCGGAAAGUUGAUUUCUGUCGACCACGCGCUUUGUUGUCCCCAAAAUCUCGUCUGCCUUCUGCACCUUAUUAAUUCCACGCGCCGCUGCUUCUUCUCCUCUUCCUCAUUUUCCUGCAUUUUUUUUUUUCUAAUCUAAACUCUUUCUACUUCCCUACUCUGUCCCAGAUUGGCUUAGGGGUUUUCGUUUUCUUUUCUUUCGAUUCUUGUGCAAACGAAUAUGGCUUCGAGUUUCGAUCGCUGGGAAAAGGAUCCGUUCUUCUCAGCCGCCGAGGAAGUUCAAGAAUCUGCCGACAGAAUGGAAUCAACGUAUAGAACGUGGGUACAUGCCACGAAAGAUGCAUCCAGCAUUUGGAACUGUGAUGAGAUCGGUAGAGAUUUACGCACUGCUCUUGGCACCACAAAAUGGCAGUUAGACGAGUUCGAACGUGCCGUGAAAACGAGUUAUGUUAAUAGCACGAACGAUGAUGCGAGAGAUAGACACCGGGAGUUUGUUGUAGCAAUUGAGGAUCAGAUUUUAAAAACUCAAAGUUCAUUACAAGACUUUUCUCAAUCAAAGGGAGAAUCCUCAAUGCCUUGGAUGCAGCUGGAUGAAGGUGAAAGCAACGAGCUUGCGUUGUUUCUUUCGGGACCUUCAGUAGGAGAAGACAAAACCGUUAACAAUGUUGUUAGUGAUGAUGAAAAUCCACAAGGGACCGAUGAAGAAUCGGCACCAGCUUGUUCAAGUAAUUCUCAUGACUGUAUAGAGGAGAAGUCCCAUGGACACCGGAGGACUGCUAGUGCUAGUCCUGACAUUGGUUCCUGGAAGAUUGCAAUUUCUGGGGUUGAUUUCCAACAAUGUUCUCUAAGUGGACAACCCGAGAAACUUAUACGAAAGAUCCCGAGUGUUUCAGGGUUUUUAAAUGCUGUUGAGUCUGCAUCAAAAUUCAAGUGGCCAAAGAAUGCCUUUAGGAAGCUGAAACUAGUUGAUAGGCCUCAAGAAACUAGUUCGAUGUUGUUGCAAUCUCCUCAAUCAGCUAGGGGUAUAAUUGCUGGAUAUGAAAGAAGUAAGAGUUGCUUAGAUAGUUGUGAUGAUUUUUACGAUAAGCAACUCUAUGGCUGGUACGGAUCUAUUCAUAGACAGUUUCAAAGGUUUCUAUAUCAAAUGCAGUAUAGUCGGCCUGUUCAAGUGACGUUCUCAACGAUUCUCAUUAUCUCAAUCGUUCUGAUUGUUCUUCGUGUGCUAUGAGAAGCCAUUUUUCUUCACCAACUUGUAGUGUCAAGGACAAUGGAUAGCGACCGUGCCAAAGGCGAGGUAUCUUUGUUAAGCACAGGUGUGUUGUACAUUAAACUUUUUCUAAGAUGUAUGUAGCCAUAGUUGAACCUUGAAAAAUACUUGAAAGGCACUGUUUACCAAAUUCUAUUUUGCUGCUGAAGAGUUCAGGAUGUGUCCAGUCGGUAAUUUCUUGGUGUCACUAACUUAUUUGAUGUUUAUAAUCUUAUAUAAGUUGUACAAAUAUUGAGCUA